GUUGUUUUUAUAAGCCACAUUGUGCAUUUUAUGGCCAGCCAGCCAGUAACUGGCCGCUACUCAGUGAUUUUAUUCCUCUAAAGAAAUGUCAGUGAAGAACGCCCAGCCCAACUUCAGCCCCUCUCAGGUGUCUGAGAUCAUGAAGAGGCUCUACAACUUGACCACUUCAGAAAUACGCCCUCUGCCCAGUUAUGAUGACCAGAACCUCUAUGUGGCUCCCACUGAGGGUGGCGAGUACGUCCUAAAAAUCAUGAACACGGAGGACAGUAAGAACCCCACCAUCAUCGAGUUGCAGACCCGUGCUAUGUCCUUUCUCUACCAGAAUGGGCUUCCUGCUCAAACAGCCGUGCCUACCACCACAGGACAACUCAUGAGCCUGGAAGAAAUAGAUUGUGGGUUUGGCUGUCAGAAGUACUUAGUCCGGCUGCUGACUUAUUUACCUGGAGUGACUAUUUCUAAGGUUCCUUUUACACCAAAGUUAUUAUAUGAAACUGGUAGGAUGGCUGCUAGAAUGGAUGAAGUCCUUCAAAAGAUGGAGCACCCUCAUCUCAGCAUUCUCGAGAGGAAGAACUUUAUCUGGAGCCUGUCAAACAUUUGUCUCCUGGAAGAAUACAUGAGUGCAAUGGAUGGAGAUCCCCUUCAGGAGGUUGUGAAAUCUGUAAUUGAUCAGUACAAAAACUUUGUGAUCCCCAGACGAUCCAAUUUUCGCAAAUGUAUUAAUCAUGGCGACUUCAAUGACCUCAACAUUCUCGUGCAACCCGAUGACAAUCAUGGCCACAAGAUUUCUGGCAUCCUUGACUUUGGGGACAUGAGCAGUGGCUACUACAUUAAUGAACUCGCCAUCACCAUAAUGUACAUGAUGAUUGAGCAUCCUGAUCCCAUCAAGGUUGGUGGGCCUGUCCUCGCAGGCUGGGAAAGUGUCAUCCCCCUCAACAAGGAUGAGAAAGACUGCCUCUAUGUGCUGGUGCUGUCCCGCUUCUGCCAGUCGCUGGUUAUGGCGCGGUAUUCCGUGAUGCUGCACCCAGAAAACGAAGAGUACCUCAUGAUCACUUCCAGAAAGGGAGUUAAGAUCCUCCAGAAUGUCAGGGAAUUGGGAAAAGAGCAUGUGGAGAAGGUUUGGUUUGACCAUGCUGCUCAGUUCAGUGUUUAAUUAGAAAAAUAUCUACAUUUUCUAUUCAAAGAAAAUGUAUAUAUUUUCUUUUGUACAAGAAGAUAUAUACAUGAAUGAAUGAAGUUCAUUAAUGAAUGAAGGAAAUACUGCAGUAAAAUAUAACUAUUAAUAAUGGUGUAUAAUAAUUUACACACAGUGUUAAUUCAGAUGAUUAUGGCAUAAAGACAAUUAAAACCCAAAAUAAAAUAGGAUAUUAUGUAAAAAUAAAAUAGUUUUAGAUAUAUUUUCACAUAGUGUACAGUUUAUUCUCUUGGUCUGGGCCUCUCUGGAGUGAAUUACUCCAUGAUCCGUGCCAUGAUCACUUCCAUGGUAUGGAAGUGAUCAGUUUUGCUCAGGUGUUAAGAAAGCCCAGUCUUAAUUCCUGGUUCAAAAGAUCCUUUGGAGGUGUUUAGAUGAGGCUUGUUGCCAUCAAGCAUGGUGAUACCAUUGGUUUUUAAAGUAGGAUUUGGUGCCUUCUUCUACUUGAACAUAUACUCAGCAUCUCUGUAAAGCUUUGACGGAAGCAUGAAGUACUCUAAUAUUUCCUCAUAGAUGUGUCUGUGUUCACUAUGGACUUGACGAUAAGCAGUUGGUCAGCAUCAGCUGAUGCACCUAAAACCUUAUCCUAAAAUAUGAUUAGUAUAGAAUAUUUCACCAGUUUCUGGAUUAACUGAGUGCUAAGGAGUCAAGUCUUAUGGGUUUUAAGCACUUCAAUAUGUUGAGACUUGCUCUAAAUAACAGGUGCUCACUUGUGAACAAUGCCUUUUGUUUUAUUAUUCAAUGCUUUACUAAAAUAACUGCAUUUAUUAUAUCGUAAGGCACUUAUGUAUUUGAUUUCCAAGUAAAUAUAGUAUUUUAUAUCAAGAUGAUUUUGUAAAAGAAAAUUCACUAAGAAGGAAAUUAUUUCUCUUUCAUCAAACAUUGGUCCACAUGUAAAACAUUCAUUUGGGGACAUUUAAGCUGCCCUGUUUGAAAACCCAGUAAACGUGCUGAAUGUGAGGAGAAGUGAUUUGCUUUUGUACAUUUCUUAUGAAAUGUACAAAAGCAACAAAUGCUGGAAUCGCUGCUAUAAAUUCUUUGCCUUGUUAGAAAGUUUUCUUUCUAGCAAUGUUUAUUCUUACAAGACUUUCACAAAUUAAAGUUGGUGCUUCCAAUGGUUUACAAAUAAAUGGCUUAAAGUUUUUUUUGUUUUUUUCCCCCUAUCUUUAUAUUAUUGCUAAAGCAUCUUUGUUGGACAUGCUUUUAUAUUUUUUCAGUGUACUGUACUUCAACCAAACCGGGUGGAAGUGAAAGAUGAGGUGCUUAAAAAUUCAAUCAAUCAAUCAAUCAAACUUUAUUU